AUGAACGAAGACUCACUUAUUCUUCAAGAAGAAGAAAGAAGGGAUGAAAUAACUGAAAAAGAGAAACGCAAGUAUUUAAUAAAUACAUUAAAAAAUAUAUCAUUAGUUAUUAAAAAGUUACAAACAAUAAACUCUAUAGAAAGUGAAACACAAUUUAUAAAAGAAUUAGAAGGAUUUAAUGAACAAUACCAAAUGAUUGAAACAAAACUAAAAGGAAUUCCAGAAGAAACAUCCAAUUUCAAUGAAUCUAAUGAAGUAGUAGAAUUAGAAAUAGAAAUAGAAGAAUUAGAAAAUAAAGUUCAAACAAAAUGGAAAAUAGAAAAUGACAGAAAAGUAUUAUAUGGUACUAUUCUUAAUAAUACUAUAUAUCAAAUUCAACCUGUUUGUGCUCCAACAAUGAGAAUUGAUGUAAAUGGGGAGUCUAUGAAAGAUGGAAGUCCAAUAAGUUUAUUUUAUUCAAACCAACAAAAAAAUCAGUUAUUUAAGAUAAAACAAUUAGAAAUACCUGGACAUGAACGUUGUAUAGUUUUACAAUGUAAUCAUUCACAAAAAUAUCUUGGUAGAAAACAUAAUAAAACUAAACCUGGAACAAAAGUAACACAAACAAAUGGAAUUGAAAGUCUUGAAGAAAAUCAUUGGGAAUUAGAACCAGUAGGAAAUGGAUCUUUUUAUAUUAAUUGUGCUCAUUGUAAUUUGAGAAUGGAUGUUUUAAGAAAGAAUACUAAAGGUUUAAAUAAAAUUAUUUGUUGGUUAAAAAAGACUGAAAAUACUGAAAACCAACAAUUUUUAUUUAUUGAUAAUAACUUAAAAGAUAACAUUUAA